GUGUUCGCCCGCUCACUCAGUGCCACUACCUCCACCAUCACAACAUCUCCUCCCCGCCCUUUUCAAUGACACGUUGCCUCAGCUAAACACCCCUUGCCUCCCCCCGAAAAAAGUUUGCACUUGUUUUCACACCCCCCCGUCAUCUCUUCAUACCUGAGGCACUUUGAUCAGGUGCAUCCAAGUGUGGCGAAGAGCUGUCACCGAGCGCCUGUUAAAAACAAGGAGUUGCGAGGAAAACUCCCUCACAACGGGAGCCUGUGGCGUUUGCUCACUUGUCUUUUGUUAAACGUUCACUAAUAGUCGCUGACGUGUGCAGCCUGCACGGCUCCAAAUGCUGUGUACCUUCCCAGAGAUGCCCAGAUCUAAGGAGGGGAAAUGUGGAUUUCGAUUUGAAACUCUCCUGAGUCAAAGCAUCUGAGAGCCGAGACCCCGAGCUCUCCCGGAGUGCAGUCCGAUUCGUCAGACUUUGGGAGAAAAGAUACUUUUUCUAAAAAAAAGAUUCAGAGGGCGAGGAAGCAGUGUCCCUCAGUGACUGGGGAGUGAGAAGGAGCAGGAGUGUUUCUGAAAGGGUGGGAGUAAGAAGAUUGUCCCAGUGAAAAGGGGGGAGUGUCCCUAUGUGAAGGGAUGCACUGGCAAUGGAGUUGAGCUGCCAUGAAGUGCCAAUAUAUGGUCAACAGUCUGUGCUAGCAGUGUUUGAAAUGACCUGUCCUGUACCUGAGGGUGCCGAAUGGUACUUUGUAUAUGAAGGUUCAAGCCAGAAUCAUGUAACUGUGGCACAGAGACUUAAUGCGAAAACACUGGAGUCAGUUGUUCCAGGUCAUGAUACUUUAGAAGAUGUUACAGUUUCUGCCUGUAUAUACACAGAGGCAAAAUCAGUAUCUAUCCUUGGGUGCAGCAGGAUAACAUACGUUGAGGAUGUAGCAUCUAAACUAACUCAAGUUCUGGUUGAAAGUGCCGGGAUGGUGGAUUGCACUAGCCACCUGACUCUGCUUGAACAAUUUGGCCUAACCAGAGAGGCUGCACAGUCUUUAGAUGAAAAUAUGACAGCUGCCGUUGAGCACUUGGAAUUACCACCAUCUUGGAAUCUGCUUGGAAAGUGGUCAGGAAAAGAGAUAAACCACAAGGAAACCCUGCUACAUGUUUCAGUGAGACUAGGUCUUUACAAAUUCUCUCAGUUUUUACUGUGCCAGCCUGGUGGUAUCCAAGCUGCGAUUGUGCCCAAUGAGGAAGGACUGAUGCCCGUGGACUUAGCUUUGCAGAAUGGGAUGCAUUGCCUUGCUGAAUAUUUGAAAGAUAUUGAGAAUUCCCAAGUCACACCAUCAGUUGGAAUCUCAAAGACUUAUGGUGACAGCCACAUACUACAGAAGUGCCGAAGUAGACGAAACACAUCUAUACUGACUGUGGAUAACAAGAUAAGGCAUUCACUGGAGUCAGAUAUUCUGUUGCUGCGGGGAUAUAUACAUGAUACUAACUUGGAGAAUAUGGGAAAUGCAAACAUGGAUGAACUGAAGUUGAAUCACCUCUGUACAGGGGAAGGCCAUAACGAAGUAAAAGAAGAACAAGAUCUUUGUUCUGAAACGUUUACCAAUGAACCAGGUCAGUCGAUGGGAAGCACAGAGAAAGAGACCUGUGUUGAGCGUGCUAGCACUCUGGGAAAUCAAGCAGGUUUAUUGCUGGAUGGAGUGGAUCAGGCCCUACUUGAUACAGAGUGCAAACAUUCUUCACAAGAAUUCCUCAAGAAGUCAAAACCAGGUUUGUCUACCUUUCUGGCUGCAGCAAGACUUUCUUCCAUGCUGAACGACAGAGAAGAAAUUUAUGUCAAUUGUAUGGUUGUAGAUCAGGUUAAUGAAGGCGGUAUAAACUAUAAUAGUAACAAUCUUACCACUGCAAGUACCAGUACUACUAAUGCACUGCAUGAGAAGUCAUCUGAGGACCAACUUUGCCGGGCUUACAAUGUCCCCCAGUCGAUGGAAUCCAAUAUACCUGCAUCAUUAGAAGACAAUCUAUGUAGGAAGCAUUCAAAUUACUAUCUUGAGGACCACAUAGACACCACAAUUCUGAAGGAAGAUCAGAAUGAUUUUACAGAACAAGUUUCUGAUUUGUCUUCACCUGAUAGUAUUUUAUGCCGAUCGUCAUUAUUAUCUCAGCAGCAUGAUUGUGUCAAGGCAGAAAGUCCUUCCACAAGCAUCAAAUAUAAGCAAAGGUUCAGCUUUGAUGGCAUUGAUGCAGACAGCGAAGGAGAAGAGGUUUCAGACAGGUCUCAGGGCUCAUGCACUCCAAAAUCUCCAAAUUCUGUUGCAUUAUUUGCCAGCAGUGGAGAUGAACUGGAUUCUUUUGAGAUUCACCAGGAAACUGAGAUAAACAUCAAGGAAUCUGAAUCAAGGUCUUCAUCCAACAGCUUGUUGCCAAAGGAGUCUGAAGAUACUGGAAUUCGGCUGAGAUCAUACUCCCUUUCCUCUCCUAAAGUGUCUCAAAGCAAAUCUCGAUUCAUAAGAGAUUUUGGUGUGUUUGAUUCCCCAAAUGAAGAACAGCGAACCUUCAGUCUGCCUGAGCAUCCGAAAGAAAAAAGAAUUGAAGAGGAAGAGUGGAACAAGUAUAUUAUUCCUUCAAAAGCAGAGACUGAAAAAUAUAAAGUGAGUCGUACGUUCAGCUUCCUCAAAAACAGAAUGACGAGCACCAGGAAUAAGGGCAAGGGGAAGCAUAAAGAUGCCAAGGAAAAGGAGAAAUGGAGCAAUGGCCACCACUUCAUUGCAGGAAUUAUUUCAGGGACACUACAGUGCAUGGUUUGUGACAAGCUUGUUGGUGGAAAGGAUGUUCUACAGUGCUUCAAUUGUACCAUGAGUAUUCAUAAAAGUUGCAGAGAUUCUGUUCCUAUGUGUAUCAAGGCCAAGUAUCCAAAUCUUCAAGAUAAAUGUCAAGUAACAUCCCGAAGCAAACCAACCCACUGCGUGCACUCAAAUUCACUCAAGGAUGCAUCACAGUCUGCAUUCCUAUCAAUGAACUCCACGUCAUCUUCUUUGCCUAUUGGGCUUUUUGCUGUCAAACGAGAAACUUUGCUGCAACAUCAGCCACUGUCAAAAAGUGCUUCUAGUAUUAGUAUAGAGAGAAGAAUCAUGGAGUCAAUGGACAUGGAGGUAGAUAGCUAUGUUUCUCGGAACAAAUCACAAUCAGAGGAAUUGCUUCAAACAAUGGGCACAUCUCCUUCAACAGAAUCGCUUGCAUUAGAGGAUAAUGUAGUCCCUUCAAUGCGUGGAGACCUUGAGUUUGAUGCACAGGAGUUUAAAGCUGAGUCCUGGAGUCUUGCUGUUGAUCAUGCAUUUAGUAGUAAACAACAGAAAGAUCUGAUACAGAGACAAGAUGUUAUUUAUGAGCUGAUGCAGACAGAGAUGCACCACAUUCGGACCCUGGAGAUAAUGUCAGAAAUUUUUAGGAAGGGCAUGAAGGAGGAGUUGCAAUUAGAUCACAACACCAUUGACAAAAUAUUUCCAUCUUUAGACGAACUCUUAGAAAUUCACAAGCACUUUUUUUUCUGCUUAAAAGAGAGAAGGCGGGAGUCUUUUGAGGAAGACAGUGAAAGGAACUUUUUCAUCAAUAGGAUUGGUGAUAUCCUUUUACAACAGUUUGCAGAUGAAAAUGGCAAUAAAUUGAAGCAAACCUAUGGUGAUUUCUGUAGCCACCACAAAGAAGCAGUCAGUUUCUUUAAAGAACUGCAGCAACAAAAUAAGAAAUUCCAAAACUUUAUCAGGCAACAAAGCAACAAUCUGCUGGUCCGACGCCUUGGUGUACCAGAGUGCAUACUACUCGUUACCCAGCGGAUCACCAAAUAUCCAGUCCUGCUUGAGCGAAUACUGCAAUACACAAAAGAAGGAACAGAAGAGAAUGAGGAUGUGGCAAAAUCUCUGAGUUUGAUAAAGGACAUAAUAGCAGCAGUUGAUACAAAGGUCAACAAAUAUGAAAAAGAGCAAAAGCUAUUGGACAUCUUAAAUAAGUUUGAAAACAAAACAUGUGGCAAGUUAAAGAAUGGCCGCAUAUUCCGGAAACAGGACCUGAUCAUCAAAGGGAGGGAGUUACAGCAUGAGGGCUCCAUGUAUUGGAAAACAGCCACAGGACGAUUGAAAGAUAUUACAGCUCUGCUUCUUACUGAUGUGCUAGUUUUCCUGCAGGAGAAAGACCAAAAGUAUACUUUUGCAAAUGUGGACCAGAAGCCUGCAGUUAUUUUGCUGCAGAAAUUAAUUGUCCGAGAAGUAGCCAAUGAAGAACGAGGAAUGUUCUUAAUUAGUGCUUCAUCUGCUGGACCUGAAAUGUAUGAAAUGCAUACAAACUCAAAAGAGGAUAGGAAUAACUGGAUGAGACUGAUUCGAAUGGCAGUAGAGAGCUGUCCUGAGGAGGAGGAAGAACGUUUAAGUGAAUAUGAAGAGGACAAGCGUAUUGCUGAGGCAAGGGCAGCCAGGACCCAGAAAUUCCAAGAGCGACUGAGAUUCCAGGAUCAGCUAGUUUGCAGUAGUUUAGAGGAGAAGCUGCAAAUCUAUGCAGAAAUGGCUGAAAGAAAUGGCUAUGAAGAAGCAGGUCAGGAAACGCAGCUUUUGAUCAAACCAGAUACCGUUGAAUUUCCACAAGCUGGAUUUUUAUUGACUGCUGCAGUCAGAGAGGCUGAAAGUCUGCAUAGACUACUAACAUCUCAACCAUGCAAUUUUGCUGAACAGUCGCGGGAAAGUUUGGAAGAAGCAGUGAUGCCACAAAAACUAGAAAUGUUUGGGAGCUUUAGUUUGGGAGCUUCACAACCAUCUAUGUAUGCACCUGAUGCUAAGAUCCCAGAUCCUCAGUUAUCACUUGUGGAUUCGGUGAUGAAACAGACAGGAAGUGCAUGGUAUGGCUUUGACACUCCAUUUUUGCAGACAGAUGGUGAACUCUACAAACCUAGAUCACAUGACACUGUACGAAAGAUUGUUCACAGUGUACAAAAUAUCACUCAGCUUCUUUACAGUUUACAGGCUGUAGUGACCAUGCAGGACAGUUACAUAGAAGUGCAGCGGCUGAUCUUGCAGGAGCGUGAGCGAUCAGCUCAUAUCCAAGGCACCCGUGGGAACUUGCUUCUCGAGCAAGAGAAGCAGCGCAACAUGGAGAAGCAAAGAGAAGAACUGGCAAAUGUACGCAAACUUCAGAGCAAGCUGUACCAUGAGCAGCAGCGUUGGGAACGAGAAUGUGAACGCAGGCAGCGGGAGCAGGAAGCACAAGAGAGUAGACUACAGGAACGUGAGCAAGAAUGUCAGCAGCAGGCAGAGCAGAUGUGGCGAGAGCGGGAAGAGUUAGAGAGCCAGUGGAAAGAGUACCAGCAAAAUCUGGAGAGACUGAGGGAAGGCAUGAGAAUGGUGGAAAAGGAAAGAGACAAAUUGGAGGCGCAGCAAAGGCAUCUAAAUGCCUGGAAACACAGCCGACAGAGGAGCCUGCCUGUGAUGAUGUUCCCACAGGAAACCAGUCAGGUUCCAAUUCACACUCGCACAGGAAGCUUGGGCGGUGGGGGAAUAGAUACAGCAUCGGUCUUUGUAAAUGAGGCAGCACUCCAAUAUUCACCAAACAAUUACCAAAGAGCAAACAGUGCACAGACAGUUUCUGAACCUCAUAAAAUGGAGAGCACCUUGAACUCUAGUGUAAGGAUUAAUGAAAACUUGAAACAUGAAGUUCCUGUUCAGCUUCUCAGUGCAACCAAUCAGCUUCUGAAACCUACAGGCAUCCAACAACAGAUACCAACAAAAUUGGCAAGUUUCUCCAAAGGAAACAGGGAAAAAAUCAAAGCUUCCUGUGACCAAGCUAACUAUAUAAAAGAGAUGAUUUACACAAAAGAUAAUCUUGAUAAAGCAAGUAGUUCUUCAAGUCAUGUGUUACUAGAACAUCAAAGUGUUAUUUUCAAUUCAGAUCUGAAUACCAAACAAACAACCUUGUCUGUUCAGAAACCAGCUUCGAGCACUCUGCACCAGGGGGGUUUACAGUCACAGCAUGAAAUGCAGCUGUUAGUUCAAGAAUGCUCAUAUGUCCCACAGGAAAGCAAACAUGGACAAAAAGAUGGGGCUGAAGAGAACGUAUUUUACUUCUGAAAGUCAUUCAACAUUAGCACUUUUGAGUCAAACUAGAACAACAUAUGGCCACCUUGACCUCUUGGUCAUAUUCGGUUAAAUGUUACAAAUAGAGAAAUCUAACAGUUAAUUCUUUACUAAGCCUUGUAGUCCCUGAUAUGCUUAUGAACCUUGAAGUUUCAUGAAAUUUAUUACACUUUUCAGUUUAGUGAUAAGAUUGUGAUAUAUGAAAUACUAUAUCAUCAGUUACGUCAUGCUAGCUGAAGCAGUUAUAAAUCAGAAAAGACCAUAUCUAACUUGCAGUCUUCUUAUUUCAAGGACAGAUUUUGAUAUUUUUUCCGGAAGUUCUUAAGUUAUUAAUUACAAUAACCUGAUUUUCUUUAAUCUUAGGUCCAGUUUUGAAGGUUAAACACUAUCUUGCUUAGUCAGUUUAUGCUUAAUUUCCCAGGGUCACAGUGGCCUCCCACUGUACAGGUUCUGUUUUAUUUUAUUAAUUCUACUGCCUGUCAUUAUUAAAAUUGUUGAGCAUGAUUUAUGACCUACUUAACCAUCACUAAAGUUGGCUUUCAAUUGUAAUUUGAUCUUCCACAUCAUGAAUUUAGUAUACAUACAUUUUUAAAGUCAUAUAUCUUGAAAUUGCCUUGUUUGAUCUGUUUAAGCCCAACAUUUUGAACCAUACCUGCAAAAUUAGAAUGUUCCAGACUAAGAGAGACCAUUGUACUCUAAUUGGCUCAUUGUUAACUAGGCAAAUAUCAUGACCUACAAGCUUCUCAUAAUAGUCAGUUGCUUUCUGUGACAUAUAGCUAUCCAAUUCACUAUUGAAUUUCGCAGCACUAUCCAUCUCCACUGAUUCCCUGGGUAAUUUGUCCCCUGUAUUCAUCAUCCUCUGUGUUAAGGUUGCUAAAUCAAAAGUGCCUGUAACCUAGUCCUGUUUUGGCCUAGUUCCCUAACCUUACUGUACUAUUUAUGUUUAUGUUAAAUAUAGUACUAGAUUAAAGGAAGAAAUAAUUUGCAUUUAUGUAGUAUCUUUGAUAACUCCAAGGAGUCUCAAAGCAAUGUACAGCCAAUGUAGUCCUUGGUUUUAAUUUACCUUUAUGCCUUAAAUUCUUGAACAUGUCAAAAACAUUUCUUAUGUAUGAUCUUCUCAAAGCACAGAUACCUAAAUUAGUUCACUGUAAUGUCACCAGUGGGGAUAGGACAGCAUUACUAGCAUUGCUGGCCACUGUACAAUACGGUACUCCAGAUGCUUUGAAUUGAUUGCCACUUUUUGAGAUCUGUAUUUUAUACCCGGCUGCAAACCUUAAGAGGUUGUUUAUUUCUUUUUACUCAUCAUUAUUAUACAUUGUCUUGUAUUUUCAAGAUAUUUCCCAGAUACUCAUGCAUCUCCCUCUUCUGUAAUUUGCAGAAUAAUGCCAAUUCAGUCUCAUAUUUUUGUGAAUAACAGGUGUCAAUUACCAAUCUAAUCACCCUUCAUUUUAGCUCUCUUUGUUCUAUUAUUUAUAGUUAUUUUCUUCUUCACCCAUUUAUCCAGGUUUGAUAGUACCCAGUAUACAUUUUUUUCCUGUUUCAAUUCCCAAAUAACUUUCAUAUGUAUUGUAAAUAAUAGUGGAUCAAACACUGGUCUCCAAAGGCAUCCUGUUAGACAUCAUAUUGCUGAUGCAGCUCCAUGUACAGUUCUCCUUCAUUUCCUCUGAUUCAGCCAAUUUCCAGUUCACUUCAGAAACUUGAAUGCUGUUUGUGGUAAUGUGCCCCUUGAGUUUGUUAACCACUAAAACAGCCAACCAUUAAUAGUUGAAUUUCUUUGCUGAAUUGUUAUUAAUGACAAUCUGUGGUCCAAUUUAUUCUCAUUUGUUUGAAAUGUUAAGAUUUGUCCCACAAGUUUUUCUAAAGUGCCAGUGACAUGCACUACUACAGCAUGGAAUUUAUUUAAUCUUUAUCACCUGACUUCCCCUGUACAUGACUGUUACAUUAAUGCAAGAGUUUUUGAGUCACAGAAUGGAUGUAAUCAUGGUCUAGUGCAGAGGAAGAUCACACAACCAAAAUUGAAUGUAGUCGCACUAAAGUAAUAUCUCGAUUUUAUCCUUUAUUAUGAAGGGACCAGAAAAACAUGUUUAUUGCCAUAGGCUACAAAGAAGAAUUCUGUUCCUAAACUUCUGACGUUCUGCUUCUCUGUCCUCUUGUAAAACGCUCCAUGAAACCUAUUUCCUUGACCAACUAUAGGUCAGUUUUGCCAGUAUAACUUUGUGGUGAUGUGUUAAAUUUUGCCUGAUACAAUACAGAGAAAUACACUGGGGUGUUUUUACUAUGUUAAAGGCAUUAUAUAAAUGCAAAUUUGUGUUGUUACAGAGUGGAGUUGGGUAAAAUUAACGGACACCUGCAGGGUCUAAUGGAUGAACUAAAAAAAAUGUAUUUCUUUGGUUGAGUAUUUCUACCAUAUUAGGGAGAACUACAUCAAAUAUAUUUAAUACUCAGUGUGGAUCAUGCGCAGAACAGGUCUCUUCACUCAGGAGCUCUCACCCCAUCUCCUAGCUGCCUUUAAUGCUAGAGUAUUAUUAAAUGUCUCUCAGUGAGAACUCAGGUAUUCUAAAUGUCUAUUUGCUUAAGAAAUUUCAUAAGUUAUGCCAAUAUCCACAUUAGAUUGAUAACUUCCAAAUUAUCUUAAACUGUAAUUAUUGUAAUGUAAUUCAAUGCUCGAUCCUGUUCAGUAAUUUUAUUAGAAUCAUGUAAAAUGGUUACCUGCGAUGACCUAUCUGUACAUGUGUAUUUGGAUUCCUGGUUAUAUUCAUAGUGCCUGUGUUCUUACCCAUCAAAAUGUGCAUUAUGUGGGGCUGGAUUUCAUGGUGCACAUCGCAGUGGGAUCCAUGUCAGCCGGGCCAUUUAAUCAUGGAACCAUUCUCCUGGUAGUCGAAAACCUUCCCCAAUUAAAUUGGAUGAUGGAACAGAGUGACGCAGGAUUCCUGGCCUUGGCCAGUGGGAUGUCAAUCAGGCUCAUUAAUGAGAUCAUUCAUACUCACUAUCCCUAAAUCCACCAAAAUGUAUGGCAACUGAGCUUUGGGGAUUAAAGGUCUCAUGUCCAAACAGCCAGCAAAAAUCCUGUUGGGUUUUGUGUGUGGGCACCCGAGGUUGGGAAGUCCCCAACCUCAGAUAGUGCCAGAUUGAAGAACUCACCAUGAGGCCAAGGAGUAGCCACUGAAAGUCGCUCCUUGCCCUUGCUUCCAACUACCCUUCCUCCUUUCCCAAACAGCACUUCCCAUGACCAGCAUCUUGUCUCAGUUAGCUGUGGCCUGGAGUCCAUUCAAGAUGCUGGGUCUCGGGUGGGUGCAGUACUGCAGAUAGUCACUGCUCCUGCUGCUGGUCUUUGAUUGAUUAGCCACCAGCUCUCGGCAGAAGGGAUUUCUACCAUCAGGAUCUUCAAUCACAAUGAAGGCCCAAUGGAAGCCUUUUAAAUGCCAGAAGGAUACUUAAUUCUAUUGGGCAUCCCCCAUGGAAAUGACCAUUCCCCACCCAAGCUCUGGAUCACUGAAUAGUGGGUGAGACCACAUUUGUUCAACAAAUCCAUAAUAUCAACAUUUAUUCAGGGCCUGAUUUUCACUACCAAAUCAGGUAACUUGAGUUGUGAAAUUUCCCUACUCAGCUGACCUGUCUUAAUAUAAAGGGCCAUGUUAGACCUAAUUGUAGGUAGACUAAUGUCUAGACAGGCUGUUUAGAAUUGUGGUUUUCCUGGUCUUUAUCCCAGUUGUUUUACAGGUUGUUAAGUGAUUUAGCCCUCAUACAACCUCACCCCUCAACCAAACCCCAUGGUUCCUGCUGGUCCUGCUGCCACUCAUUCACAACUCUUUCCCUCCCCCCUUCCCCAACUAUCCCAAUGCCACAUCAUAUUCCACAGGCCAUCUCCAUGCCAACUCAAGCUCCACACUAUCCACACAACCAACCCCAUGCUCAUGCCACACCUUUUCGAAUUAUGGUGUCCCGCCAUGGCUUCUCAUUGUUGAUAUGCCACGCCAUAGUUACUCACCGAGAAUCCACUGUGACUGGAAUUUAGGACUCGUGUAGAUGAGAAAAAUUAAACUGAUAAAAAUCUAAUCUAGCGCUCAUAGAUAUGGUAAUGAAAAAGUCCCAUUAACAAGAACUCACUCAACUUUUAAAUCUUUCCAGUGGUUACUCCCUUAUAAAAACAAAAUUCUAUUCACAACAAAAACCUCUAAUUGCUUAAUAGACUCCUUAAUCUAUCAAUCAAACAGUGAACUCAGGAUCCCCAAUUGAGAUAAUUGUAACUUCUGAAACUCAGCCAAGCAUUAAUAAUGAUAUCAUAAUAGACACUGGGGAUUAGGAAGUCACCUGUUUAUUGGAAUUCAUUUUCUAAGCUACACCAGAUGGCCUGACAAGGCAAUCAGCAGAGGUCAUUUUUGUUUUUACCUUCACAAUACCUUGAUCCUAGUUUGUUUCACACAUUUAAAGAGUGGGAAAUUAAAUAAAAGUUGAGAUCAUGGCACUGAAACAUUCCUUAUCUGCCCUUCAAGAGCAUUUAUGCCUAUUCUAUCGAUUUGUGGCUCCAAUCUGUGGGUUAGGCCCAUGUAACUGCCAGAAUUGGGAUUGCUUGAAUGCAGCAUAAGGUUUAUAUGGCCCUGCCUGUUUGAGGUAGAACUCCCUGCAAACUGCAGAAAAAAUUGGAUCUGUUGUAAAUAGGCUGUGUCUUAUGCAUCUGGGUCCCUACCCAUCAUGUUUAAAGAUGUAUGUACCUUCCAACUCCACAAAAAUCCAGCCCCAAGUCCAAAUAUUGCUCACAUGAUCACUAACCAAGUUAACAAUUUGAAUGACUAAACUCAGUUGUUAUAGACCAAGGCAAAAUAAGAAUAAAUUGUACUAUUUAUAUGUGUGAUAUUAAAAUCAGAGAUAGGACUAUAUAUCUUUACACAUCAGUAGGCAGUAGUUUUCAAGAUGUACUAAUUGAGCCAGUAAUUUACCAGUGAAUUUCACAAUGAAGCAAAUUCAUGGUAAUUAUUUUAUUCCAUGGGAUGGUUUUUAAGAAAGUAGUUUAUUUUACCUGUACACAACUGACAACUGACCAACUAAAUUAUAAAUGUGUAUAUAUCUCUCCUACACUAAAACAAUAAUAUAUCUGGAAUGGAUUUCUCUUGACAUUAAUCUUUGGAGUAUAGACGCUGGUAUUAGUAUAAUAUAAGCACAGCCCUUAUGUGAAGAGUAUACUAGUCAUGUCUGUUAUAUGUAUCUCCAAUUAAAAGGAGAUAUUAUUAUGCUAUAUUGCACUACACCUGCUUACCAAAACUGAUGUAAAGGACAUUGGAGAUUUUAACUGAUGCCCAGAUUAAGAUCAUUGUGGCACAAGUCUAAAGGUGGCUUUCAGACUUUUGAUAUUUAGAGACGACACUGCCUCCAGUAGCAAUAACUGAAGUAUUAACACACUGACUCAUUUUAAAUUUGCACAUUUAAUGAGUUAUUUUCAUUUACCACCCAAGAUUCAAAGCAAUAAGUAAAAUAAUUAGUAAUUUUGUAGCAUUUGAUUCAUGAAGAAAUGCAUCAGAUCUUGUUUUGUGGAAGGUGAGGAGUCAGAAUAUGUCAAUUUCAUCACAAGUCAGUUCUCCAGUAAUGAUGUGUUUAGCAUAAUUAACAUGAUCAUUUUUGGUGGUGAAGGGUUGGAUAGUUCAACUCCAUGAAUAGUGGUCCUUUAAAAACCUAAACUGAUCAUUUCAAGAUGGUGAGUGAAGGGUAGAUUACUGAAUACCCAUGGUAAUGACUUAAAGGAGUUUCAGCACCACAGUAUCACAGAAUGGAAGUACAUUUUCAAGCGUGCAGUUACUUUCUGCUGAUGUUGCAAAAAUGUUCUGUAACUGGAAACUUAAUUGUACUUAAACCCUAAAGCAGAACCUCCUGCAGAAUAUUAGGAACAUUAUUAAAAGUGGUAAGUCAUCACGCAAGUCACACCUGCUCAGCACUAGAUUAGAAUUACAAUCAAGAAUGUGCAGUUUAUUGUCUUAGAGAUUUUUGAAGAUAUAAGACACAUUUAACCAAACAAAAGCUUUGAAUGGCUACCAUGUAUCUUGAACUGUAAAUACUGAACUGAAUAUAUAUUCAUUACUUUCUUCCAUUUCUUGCAUUUUGCAUAUUUAGAAUUGUUGUAUUCUCUUUGAAAAAUGCAGAUUUUUAUUCAAAAAACUCUGAAGCUGAAGUGAAAAUGUACAUCUAGUGUCAUCUGCCUCUUAAAAGAUCGUGACAAAUGUAAUUACUUCUUUAUGUAAAAAAAAAACACAAAAUAAUGUUGAAUUUUAUAGAAUGUUCCAAAUGAACCUUAUCUGGCAGGCAGUUUAAUAAAGUCUGAACAGA